UGUCCUCCACAUCCUCCAUUGCUUAAUCAUCUCUUCCUCAAGCAUUGUUGUUAACCUUUUUCAUGGCAUCAUCCAAUCACUCAUCAUCCCUAAACCAAACCAAAUUCGUCCAUCCAAACAACGACCUUGAGCAACAAGAAACCCUAGAGGUUGAAACCAAGGACUUUGACUACUCAAAGCGAUCUCAAUGGCUCCGUGCUGCAGUCCUAGGAGCCAAUGAUGGUUUGGUCUCAACAGCAUCCCUUAUGAUGGGUGUGGGAGCAGUGAAGCAAGACAUCAAGGUCAUGAUCCUAACAGGUUUUGCAGGGCUAGUGGCUGGAGCAUGCAGCAUGGCCAUAGGGGAGUUUGUGUCUGUGUACUCUCAGUUGGACAUAGAAGUUGCUCAAAUGAAAAGAGAGAAGGAAAGGGAGAAUAAUGGACGACAAAGAGAUGAAGUGGAAGAUGAGGAAGAGAAAGAGAGCUUGCCAAACCCUAUACAUGCUGCAGCAGCUUCAGCUUUAGCAUUUUCUGUUGGUGCAAUGGUGCCUCUUCUUGCAGCAUCUUUCAUAAGGGAGUAUAGGGUGAGGGUUGGUGUGGUUUUGGGAGCAGUGAGCUUUGCUCUUGUGGUGUUUGGUUGGUUGGGAGCAGUGUUGGGAAAGGCUCCAACAUUGAGGUCUUGUGUGAGAGUCUUGGUUGGAGGUUGGCUAGCCAUGGCUAUAACUUUUGGGCUAACCAAGUUGAUUGGAUCAAGUGGUCUUUAGGCUCACUAUGUAUCUUCGUGAAGUGAGUUUUGCUAACCGGAAUAUUGUGUUAAUUAAGUUUAGAGUAUGUUCAGAUAUAAAUUUGAAAGAGUUUUUUGAGAGUUUUUUUAUUGGGAAAUAAUUUUUAUUUUUAGUAAAAAAAACUCUCAAAUAAAAACUUAUAUAAGUUUGUAUUAAGACAUACUCUUAUUUUAUAUAUCCAUUUUAAUUAUCACCUCUCCUACUCCUACGGUGUCCCCUCAUUUUUUUCUUUUCACAAUAAAUAAUGAGGUGAGACGUGAAUAGAAGUUGGCUAGGUAAUAAGCUAGUAUUGAAAAAAUGUAGCUUCAGAAGCUUUUAUACGUGUAUUAAUUGUUUAUGUAUGGAGAAAAAAAAAAAGAAAAAAGCUUUUGAAUGAUGAAGUGGGUGGAGAUAUAAAACAACGAUCAAAAUUGUGUACGAGCUUUACUUCAGAGAAAAA